AUAAAAUGCACUUUUAUAUUCUUAUUGAUGUGUUACCGAGUUGAUUUAAUCUUGUCUUCAAGUAGUUUGUUUGUUUCCAUCUCCUGCACAUCACUUCCUUUUGCCACCAUAUCUCGCGUUCACACACCUUUUCUUACUUCGACUCCGCCCAUUAUCCCCUUUGCCAUUACUCUCGCAUUUUCUCCACAUCUUAAUUCACCGACCACAUCCGCCCUCUCAAUUGUUCUUCACAUCACUCCUAUCGACUUUCUUUAACUUUCACCACCUCCAUUGCUGAAUUCUUUCCCGAGAGACAUUCUCAACAACAACAAACAACAAAAACAACAACAGCAACAAAAACAACAGCAGCAACAGCAACAAAAACAACAAAAACAAAAACAACAACAACAACAAAAACAACAAAAACAACAAAAACAACAAAAACAA